AUGGCCGAAGAGGAUCAUCGAUGGAUGAUGGAAACCGGCACGUUGUCGGAUUUCACAAUCGUCUGUCAAGGCGAAAAAAUACGGGUCCAUAAGGUAGUACUCGCCAUGUACUCCAAGUACUUUGAGGCCAUGUUUCACAAUUACUACAAGGAGAGCAAGGACGGUGUUGUCGAGUUCGAAGACGUCAGACCGGACCUUAUGCGUCACCUGCUCGACUAUUUCUACAAGGGCACUACUGAAUGGAAAGUGCCUAAGUCUGAUCUUCUUCUGCACGUCGAGCUCUGGAUUCUCGCCGAUCGAUUCGAAGCAAAGACAGCUAUGCUCACCAUUGAGAAGCGAACGAUGGCCGAGUUGAAGCCCUUCAAGAACAAGACCCGUGUCACCGGUGAAGGUGUCCUUGACUUGGUUGUCACGCACCCGACUUGUGAAGAAUCUGCCAUGUCAUGCAUCAUCAGCGAGGCCGCUUACGUUGUGCUCCUUGAUCCGAAGCGUCAGGCUUCCGCUGGAAAAGUGAAGGAUGCUAUCUCAAGACACCACACACUGGCAGAAUUGAUGGCCUUUUGGUCUGCCCAGUACGUUGCGUCCAGUAGCCAUCAGGGAACGAUUUCUCUGUCGGCCAAGGGUGAGAAUGUGCGGGACGACGUGAUCGCCCAACAUUUCACGAAGCUAUUGCCACCGAAACGUCUUGCUAAGGACGACUCCAUGCCAGGAGCGAGGUACUUUACUCCAUCUCUCUUCUUGUCAAACCGCCACUAA